GUGUUGUCCUGUCGGGCUCCUGUCCGCUCCGGCACGGCUCGGCUCAGCUCCGCAGACUCUCAGCGCUACAGAGGGAGGAAGAGGAGGCAGAGAGCCGCAUCAGCACCGCUGCUGCGUCCAUAACACACCAUCCGUGCGUCAACACACAGCUGCCAGCGUUUCCUCUCCGGUCCGGUUGGAUUAAACUGUGGCGUGUGCUGCAGCUGAGAAAGGUAGAGAAGAGCCGGUGGAGCCACUGCAGCAGGAAGGUCAGGAGCCGAGGAUUGAGUCAGCGGAGGCGGGGAGGUGCAGGGACCCGUCCGAGCACCGGGACCCCGCCCGGCCGCUGCUCUGGAGCUCAGCAACGGUCACAGCUGUCAGCCAGGGCCUCUGUCCAGGGUGGGUGUGAUCCCUCACUGGCUUCUCACCACUCAGCACAUGGAGUUUGGUUUGUAGAGAUGCCACAGAGGGACAGGAGGGGGAAGACCCGUCUGGUGAAGAGUGAAUGAAAAAAAGGACGGAGUAAAGAAAAACACACGGACAACAAGAGGCAAAGAGGGAGAGAAACAAUUCCAAGGAGGGAGGGGACAAUGUGCAGACCUCCAUGAAAGAGGAGAGACGGAGCUGAGGAUUGAUAGAAACAGGAAGGGAGGGAGAAACAAAAACACACACAAAGUCCUGGAAGAGACAGACGGGACUGAAAGUGAAAGAGAGGAAGCCACACAGGACAAAGACGCUCGGAGCUUUGAGGAGGUAGGAAGAGAAAGCGAGGGACUGGUUGAGGGAGGGAAGAAACAUCUGGAUGGUCUCCACAGCGACGGCCAGCAGGUUACCCCCCCUCCGAAGAUGGCCUCCAACUUCAACGACAUCGUCAAGCAGGGCUACGUACGCAUGCGCAGCCGCAAGCUGGGGAUCUAUCGGCGUUGCUGGCUGGUGUUCAAGAAGUCAUCCAGCAAAGGACCUCGACGUCUGGAGAAAUACCCUGAUGAGAAGUCUGCCUACAUCAGAGCCUUUCCUAAGGUGACAGAGAUUAGCAACGUCAAGAAUGUCACGCGGUUGCCUCGAGAUACCAAGAGACAGGCAGUGGCCAUUGUGUUUACAGACGACACCUCGCGCACCUUCACCUGUGAAUCAGAGCUGGAGGCAGAGGACUGGUUUAAGACGCUGUCGAUUGAGUGUCUUGGCACACGGCUCAAUGACAUCAGCAUGGGAGAGCCCGACCUCCUGGCUGCAGGAGUACAGUGUGAACACACAGAGCGCUUCAAUGUGUUCCUCCUUCCCUGUCCCAACCUGGACAUCUACGGCGAGUGCAUGAUGCAGAUCACCCACGAGAACAUUUACCUGUGGGACAUUCACAACCCACGCACCAAGCUGGUCACCUGGCCGCUCUGCUCCCUGCGGCGCUACGGACGUGAUGCUACUCGCUUCACCUUCGAGGCCGGACGGAUGUGUGACAGCGGCGAAGGCCUCUACACCUUCCAGACCAGAGAGGGAGAGCAGAUCUACCAGAGGGUUCACUCCUCUACACUGGCGAUUGCAGAGCAGCACAAGAAGGUCCUGCUGGAGAUGGAGAAGAACAGCAGGUUGAUGUCUAUGGGUUCAGAGCCUGGAUCCUACCCCUGCACCCCCACCGCCAUCCUGCCCCGAUCUGCCUACUGGCACCACAUCACUGGAAACCAGACCGGCAUGGAUCCUUGCAGUGGUGAUGCUUCAGACGAUGACCUGCUGUCCACCCGCCUGCCUCCCGACCGCCCCGCCACGCUGCCCCUGGCAAACACACACGCACAGUCCCAGCCGCACAUACACAAACACUCCCCGACACACUACCCCACCUACCCCGGACAGUGACACAAACACUCAGACUAUGUGGACAUUUGAAAAGACGCAGACAGAGACACACGCAUAUCCACAUGCAUGCAGGCCCACAGAGCUCACACACACUGAAAGAGACACACACUGUCCCUGCUUAGAUUAGUUUUACAGCCCAACGUUACACCUCACAGGAGAAAGGCGGGACUAACACUGGCCCACAGACCAUGCUGAAUGCAGAAAGCAGGAAGUGAAACUAAAUUCAGCAGAAGACUGCGAGGAGAUUGAGCUUCCUUACAUGACUGCAGCUCCUACAAUUCCACAGUAGAUGGGGGAUAUUUGACGUUUUUCCACACUCAGGGUGAGAAACUCUGGCAGACUGGAAUCUAUCAGAGGCUCUCAGUCCGCUUUAAACAACCUAAGUUGAAUUAUAUGUCUAACCAGGUCUAAGUGUUUCCAUCUGUUCUGAAUGUCCACUCUCAGAGGCAGGGUGAAAAGCCAAUAAGAAUAAUUUAUAGGGAUUAUUUUUUAACUGAAUUUAACCUACAGGUUUUUAUUGAAAUUCUGAUUUAAAUAGUAAAUCACUGUCAGUGUGAGAUACAGCUGAUAGCAUAUUUUACAACAUUGUGAAAUGAAACAACACUUUGCUUUUGUUAGCCAAUGCUGAUCACAAACCUAUCUUGUCACCAAGCUGCCCGGAUAGAUUUGAUAUAUUUUUUAGUAAGUAAUCUGUGAUUUAGUUCAAACUACAGUAGGACUAGAAAUACUGGAUCUGAUGAGUUUCUCACCCUCUGAGUGACACAAUUUCCAAAUGGCUGCCAUGGGAUUGACGUCAAUAAAGCCCAGGGUGUUUCACUGAAUACUGCGUGGACGGGGACUGCAUGGUGCCUUAAUAGCACCACAUGGACUGUGCUAUCAUCGGAAAUAUACUGACAUCUUGGAUUCCCUGGUGGAAAGUUCCCAGCGUGCCAGUGCCAGCUGACACACUUGUCUGAAGAACACUUGAUCAUUUCACUGUACAUCCGCGUCUGGAUCAAUGCCUUUGAUUUCGCUGAUAACUGACUUUGCAGUUACUGGAUCUGUUUGCUGUGCUGAGGUUCUGAACCGUGGAAUGAAACUGUGAUUGGAUUCAUUUUUAUGGAUUGGCUCCUGUACUGAACUGGAUAUUCACCCUUAGAGCUGCGGACUUUCUUAGGGAUGUAUCCUAUUCCACCUCCUAGUAGCCACAUGCUUUUAUUGAGCUAUAUUUGCACAGCCCUGUUUUUUUCUUAGGUUAUUUAAGGGUUAGAUGUCAAAGAGGGAAUUACAGUGUAGAGGUCAACAGAUAUAUGAUGAUACAUUUGGACUGAUUCUGCCAUUAACUGAUAUUCAGUGUCUUUACAUAUGACCCCUUGAAUGCCAGAUGCUCUUUUUUCCUUAAUUUAUUUCUUACAAGAGUGACAAAACCCUUAACACUGAAAUGGGAAACACUUUGGCGUUCAUAGAUUCUGUAAUGGUCAGGGGCAUCUCUUCCUCCCACAAGGCCGGGGCUCAUUUCUGCACUAACGUCACACCUGAGUGGAAGCUGAACUAGAGGAGCAUCAGGGCACACUGAAGGGGAACAUGGGGGAACUUGGGCUGCCGACAGGGGCUCUUCAGGUGCCUCACUUUUCCGACAUGAUAGGUGACAUCAGGUCAAAAAUGAAUGAUGGAAUCAUCCCACUGAGCUACAGGCACAUCAUGGUUAAAUAUUACCCAAGAGUCACACCAGAGCAGCACUUGAGCACAUCAUGGGAAAAUUAAGACCAACCUAAAGAGGGCACUUGGACCAACCAGAGCUAUUGAGCUAACCCAAGCCAUGUUUCCACCAAACACUUUUGGUAUAGUACCCCUAGAACCGAUACAUAACCCGUACAGACAUGUAGCUAAACCCUAGAUCUGACAGCACUCUUAAAUGGAGGCGUGGUUCUCCUCUUUACUGACAAUGCAGAGGUGUGUCUGCACCUCAUUAAUCGUCCACGGAAUAGGGUGGCAUAUCGACAUUUUCAUUAUUAAAUAGAAAAGGAUUUAGUGUUUAGUCUUUGUUGCAAUAAUGGCCGCAUUAUUUAGGUCGCCAUCAGUGAGUUGUGUAAAAAUAGUGGGUUUGUCCUUUGAGUCCUUGUCGAGCAAGAGUGAGGAUUGUCUCUGGACAAAUCAACAGAUUACAGUGUUUCUAGCUCCACCUUUUAGUAUCAGAUCAGUGUGCUAGCUACCUCAAUAGAGGGGUGACAAAAAACAGUGUAAUGGAGCGCUUUUAUGGGUACCAUCCACAAGUUUCGACAAUAGAAACGCAAAAAUAACUGCUCUAAUGUGAACUGAACUGUUUGGUGGAAACGAGGCUCUAGGGGCACUUGGACCACUCUCAUACCCUAUGAUGUGACAACAGGGGAAAAACUAACUAUGGAAUAGAAAUCCAGAUGUUCUAACAGUGUAAUCAGCAGACGGGUAGUGUCACAGCUGGUUCUGUAAUGGUUUCCUCAGCUUCAUGUACAUGGCCUUUUUCAAACCUUUUUGUUGUUGUUGAUUAGACAGGCCGUAAACAAACCUCCAGGUUAGCCCAAAUUAUUACAAAGAGAAAAUGAAGAUGCACGUAUUGCACAUAUUGCCGGGUUCAGAUCACAUGUUUUUUUGUGUGUUACAGUGGUCGUGUCAGUUUAGACUGUUAGAGUCAGAAAUUCUUGACGUGACAGACUGCACCUUGGUAAAACGAGCCUCUAAAAUGAAAGAAAAAAAAUGACUGUGACUAUCUCUCUGUUUCACAGUUCCACCUCACGCCACCAAUAACAUCAUCCCUCUUUCUCCCAUGUUUACAGCUGUGCAAAAUAAAUUGCAACAUGCUACUCUCUCUGUCGGGACAUAGUGUCAUCCACUAUGACACACCAGACAGGAUAAAAUGAUGGAUUGUCGGGCCCGACGCCCAUUUUCAUUCCUGACUCGAGCCGACACCCUGCGUCUGUUGGGUUGGGAUAUAAUGAUGUCGAUAUUGUGAAGUCUGAACCCAGCAUUAGAGACAGCAGAUGUCGACAGUCAGCAAUGAAUGGAAUAAAAUAAAAACAAAGUAAAUGUAGGUCUCAAAUGUGAGUAGGUGUCAGCCAGGUCAGGUGUGACAGAUGCAGGUGAAAUCUGAGUAAUGGCCCAGGCAGAACUCUUCUUUAGUUGUGCACACACAGUUUUCCUGUUGAAUCAGGAGCUAAUAACAACAUUCAUUUAUGUUGCCUCUCUUUCUGGUUUUGGCUAAACUUUUGGUUUGUUAACAAUCUGUCUGAUCAUCUAAAUUUAAGUUUGUUUGAUUUGUAUUUUUGCUCUGUCACCAAACUUGCCAUGUUCUGACAUCUCUAUUUUAGUAAAUACAAGAUUCAACUUAAAAAUUUAAACAUUUCCUAAAGUACAAAAUUAAGACCCAAGUUAGUAAGAAACCAGAAUUGUCCUUCAAUAAUGUCCUCAUCCACAAGGGGGCGUAGCAUCAUUAGCAUAUUAAGGCUCAUUUACACUCACUUUAGGUACAAAAAUAGACACGUCCAUUUCAAAUGUUGCAGACACACUUCCAUGUGUCUUUUAUGAUAGCAUAGAUACAGCCCAUAGAUGGCACUAGAGGGCAGAGUCAAAAAUUUCACACAACAAAUGAGAUGACGCUGGAGGAGGUUGUAAUUUCAUACCUUUAAACGGUGGUGGUCAUCGUGGAUGGAGAAUUCUUUUCACUGUAUUAUCGAUUAGUUCUUUUCUGCCAUUAUUUAAAUUUCUUUGUCGUCACCUGUGGUUGUAUGUUGUUUGAACUACGCUACACUGCCUCCAAGAUCUCCAGUGGCACUGAUCUGUUUCGUCCGCAUCUGUAAGCUUUCAGAAAACUUACAUAAAUACAGAUGAAAUGAGCACAGAGUACGGACAGCAGGCCCCCUCCAUCUCUUUAGUUGAGCAUAAAUGAGCCCUUAGAUGUUCAAACUCUUUCCAUGAUGCAUCUUUGAUCGACUCUGUUAGGGCCGUUUCAUUCCAUGCAAAGGCACACAGAUGCGAGUGCAUUGGGACGCAUCGAGACGCAUUGGCCGCCAUGAUGCGUGCUUGCAUCUCAAAAUGUGUUGUCCAUGUUUUUUGAUACGCAACGCAGCGACACUUGUAAUACCAUGCGUUGCCAGCAGGGUGAUAAUGCAAGUGACAUACUUGAAAUUAACCACUUUUUGUUAUUCACAGAAGAAGCAGGUAUGAAAUAUGGCGGGCGAGGAGGAACAACUUUGCAAACUCAUACGGGCACACCCCCAUUUAUGAUAAUUCUAGUGCCCUGCACUCUAAUAAAAUAGCAGUACUAGCUAGCCGGAAUGUACCGGUGACUCUGCUACCCCCUAUUGUGCAAGCGAUGUAUUGCAUUUCAAGUGUCGCCCUCAUCGCUUACGUUCAAUGUGUUGACUAUGAAAGGAAGUGCGUUGCUCGCGUCGCUUGCGUCACUUGCUCGCGUUGCGUGCGUUGACUAUGAAACGGCCCAUACUGUCAAAGUGCAUCAUAAUUUGGGAGGACACUGAACUACAUCCACAUCUGACCCUUGUUUGUAUGCCUGAAACAUAUCUUCUUACAUUUUCUUACAGCAUUCCAGCAUGAAUGAUUAUUCGGGUCAUGUAUUUUCAGUCUUACCAUCAUAACCUUAAACUUCACUUUUACCUGCCCCAAAGCUUUCUGUUAUGGAGGUUGUCAAAGGAGAAUGAGAUCUGUUUUCUUUCAUCAAGGCAGCUUGACUUUGCGACAGCCUGCCUUUGCCUUCUGUUACACUUCGGCUGACAAAGAACUUCGCUAUUCAUUUUGUUGGUACUUUAGAGGUGAGGUGGUGGUGGGAGGAAGUUGAUUAGCAUGCCAGGAAGGACGGGCUGCCAGAACAAGAGCGGUUGGAUUAUGUUUUCAUGGGAGAAAUCCUCUGAUCGCUGCCUUUUGAUUCUGUCAUAAGAGUUUAAGAUUGUUAAUAUGACAGCGGAGAUUUAACCACAGCAAUGUGACGUCCUGGAACACACCGACCACCUUUACACCAUCGUGAAAUGCCUCAUAUCUGGAUUGUGUCUAGAUCUGACUUAGCUCGAUUAAUGCUGGAAUCCUUAUACACCUUACAUUUCAUACUUCAUGGUUUUUAACAUGACAGGGCUAAGAGUUUUGUUGGUUGUUUACAUGAUGUAAGUUGUGUAUUGUGUGUAGAUGUGUUUUGUGUACUUGCAUACUGUGUAACUUGAGUUUUGUACAUAUUGCUAUUUAUUUCAUAUGGAGUGUGUGUGAGUGUGAUAGAGAGAGAGAGAGUGUGACACGAGGGAUUAUUGCAACGUGUGUUCAUUUAAAAUGCAGACACCACUUUUUUGUACCUUGUAAUGUUUGAACAAGCAGAUGACAGCAGGUCCACACUUUGUCGGUGUGGCUCCUCACACAUAAAUCUGCACCUGGGUGAACAACAAGAGCAUAUUUACCACUGUGUCCCCUCUCACAGCAUGAAUCUUUUUGGCCUUAGAUGAAUCACAGUCACAUCCUCUUUGUUCAUCCACACUGCUGUUUGUGUUUGUUUGUAAAGAAACUGUAGCGUCCUGCAGAGAGGUGUUUCAUGAAGGCGGCUCAGAAAAGCCUGUCAUGAGUGAGCUCAACAAACUGAACCAGGAUAAAACUGUUUCAUAAAGGUUGAGUCAGAGCUGCUGAGGUCAGACUGAAACACAGGCCUAUAACAUCAAGCACAGAUCACAUCAGUAAAGGAAACAGGUAAAACCAAACUGUGAUGUUCACAGAAACAAAGCGGCACCUGUCAAACAGAAAACAGGAAGAAAAGUUGAGUUGAAUUAUGUUACAGUAUUUGGUUUCCACAUGUGACAUAUCAGCCUCUGUAUGGUGACAGUGCAGUUUUUAACACCCUCAGAUUGGCUGUCUGUCUCUCCAGUGUUUUGGAUGGUAGUGUUUCUGUGCAUCUGUUUCAUUUCUGUAAUUUACACAAGAUAAAAUGAUGAAAAUUUUCACUAAGGCGAAAAUUAUUACCUUUAAUUUAAUCAUUUGAAUCGCCUGAAGCAAAAGAAACAAGACCUGAGUCUCAGACUGAGAGCACAGCAGUGCUUCUAGUAUCAGAGUGCUGUGACGCCCACAGUAACAAUGUUAACCUGUUAAUGUUGGACAGGUUUUGAUUUCCAUUUUUACCGUAUUACUUUACCAUGUUAGCAUGCUAACAUUUGCAAAUAAGCACUAAGCUCAAAGUACAGCUGAUUGAUUUAUGACCAAAUAUCUGCAAAUGACCAAGUAUUGGACAAAUUAAAAUGUUGACCUGAUGAUGGCGCUGGCGAUCAAAGAGUCACCAAAUUUAUAACAGUAUGAGCAUAAAUGACCAAAUUUUAGUGCAACCCAUCCAAAAGCUGUUGAGACAUUUCACUCUGAUCCACAAAUGUCAACCUGCUGGUGGCAGUAGUGCAGCACAGUCACCAGAAUAAAGGCCGUUGCACCCUGAGUCCGCACUUUUGAAAUUUUGCAUCCAAAAGAAAUCGUUGCACACUGAUUCUGAUGCGAUUCAUCGCUGCAAAAUUUUGCAACAUGACACAAAAUGAAAAGACACAUUUCCUCCUUUGCCUCUCUCCACUGUAGUUACCUAUCUGACCGUCAUCCCUCCCUGUCUUACAUUUGACACAGCAGCUGCAUGACUACAUUCUGUGUGUGGUCCACAUCCUCCUCUUCCUCAUCAUCCACCUGACUUGUUGAAAGUAGCUGUCUGAAUUAUGAAAAGAUUCUGUGCAUCCCAUUCCUCUGUCUUUUCCUGGCUGUGUCCCACUGCCUCAUUUUCCUCACUGAUUCUUGGUCAAACGUCUCUGAAGGCUCUGAUGGAUGCAACAAAACAAAGCUGUUCCAAAACGACAGAUGAAAGUUUCGGACUUAGUGUGCAAACAUGAUUGACACAAUGUGAGGUUGUAUUUAUCUUUUCUGUGUUUCUGUGGGACCACCAAGAUGGAAAACGUGAUGAUGUCUUGGUAAAAUAUCACCACUUUCAUGGCACUAUCCUUGGUGAUAAAACAGCAGCUGGUCACUAAAACACACGUUUGGUGGCUAAAAGCUGCUGAAAUGCAGCGAUGACGCCCUAAAAAAAGUCAGUUUUGUUGUGUGUUCUCGAAUGAUGGCCAUCUUACAGCCAUCAUGCUUAGCUGUCCCACCAUCCACCAUCCCAUCUGCAUCCCAAAGACAAAGUCAGCUCAUAUAGCUAUGAUCUGAUGCAUAUAAAACGUACAAAUGUAAAAUGGUUUGCAGCAUCGUACAAUGCCAUCAUUUUCUUGUGGCGACCUGGCUGCACUAAAGAUCAUCACUGAAGUUAGUCAGGAACUAUGAACGUCUGCAUCACAUUUUGUGCCAGUCCCUCAGUAGGCAGGUGAAAAUUUAACCUACUGGUGGUAUUAGAUAAAAAGUCAAAGGAUCACAACACUCUUUAGGAUUCAUCAUCUGGGAUCCAUGAAUGUCUGUACACAAUUCUGUAACAAUCCAUCCAAUAGUUGUUGAGAUAUUUCAGUCUGGACCAAAGUGGCGGACUGAUCAAACCUCCUCUAUGAGACAGACUUUCCUGGUUAAACCCUGAUGUACUGAGGUCAGUCAGGCUUUACUGGUGAUGUUGCUUUGUCAAACACCCCUCUGGUUAUAUAAGUGACACAACAACGUGCUAAGUGGAAGAUGUGAUUGAUGGUAAUGGCUGCGGAACAGGAUGGAAACCUGCAGCGCCGACAGUUUCUCCUCCAGCGUAGUUUAAAAGCACCAGAUGGUUAUAGUCACUGUUUGUGAUUGUAGUGUCAUCACACACACUGACAGUGUCAGCUCUCAUCGAUGGCUGUGACCUCCCCUUAGCUUUGUGACAGAUGACAAAAUGUUGUUUUCACCCAUUUACACCGUCCACACUAAGUGCAUGUUUUGUAGAAAAAUAAAGUCCAUU